AUGAAUGUUUCUCUCAAAGACAUAAUUCCAAACAAAAACCCAUCAUAAUUCAAUCUAAACAAAAUUCGGUUUAAAAUCUCAAAAAAAGUGGAAUCCUACUGUCAAUGCAAUCAAAGGAACUGUCUAAUUUGUGCUCGUAAACGUUCUUCUUCGAUGUUAAGCAUGAAAAACUCGAUUGUGUAUGAUGAGAAUUCUCCAGUUUCCAAAUGCACUGUUGAACAACCAAAACCAAUCCAGCCAUUCAAUCGAUCCAUCUCUAGACAACAAUCGAAUUACAUGGGGAGAGUCUCAGUCAAUGUCUCAGCUUCGACUAAUUCAACAAACAAUUAUGGCAGAACCAGGAAAACCUCAGUCGAAUCCUCCCCUCCCAAAGACAAUAGUAUGAUAUUGGCUAAUCCCCUAUUUAGUUAUUGGCAAGCACUCCUUCAAAUACCUUUACGUAAUUGGGAAAGGAGGCUUCGGAAAAGUAUGGAGAGUGGAAAUGAAAGCCAAUAAGCAGGAGUUCGCAUUGAAAGAAAUGAUUAAAGCAAAGUAUACCAAGCAUACAUUAAAUAAGGAUCAUAUCUAAACGAUCUGUUAAUUCAGUCAUGAAUGAGAAAUACCUUCUUGAGCAUCUCAAACAUCCUUUCCUUGUUAAUAUGCAUUACGCAUAUCAAGACAGAGAAAAUCUAUUCUUAGUUCUUGAUCUUCUAAGAGGAGGGGACCUUCGUUAUCACAUUGGUCGAUAAAAGAGAUUCACCGAAGAAUAAACAAGUAAAUAUUAACAUUUAUAAAAUCAGAGUUCUUUGUGUGUUGUAUCUUAUUGUCAUUGCAAUACUUGCAUCAAAAUGGAAUCAUCCACAGAGACAUCAAACCUGAGAAUUUGGUGUUCGAUAAGGAUGGCUACUUGAGAUUGACUGAUCUUGGAGUCGCACGAUUGAAUAAAGAUUCUUCAGCCAGCGAUACCUCAGGGACUCCUGGCUAUAUGGCUCCUGAAGUCAUGUGUAGAAUGGAUCAUUCAUUCCCAGUAGACUAUUAUGCUGUAGGAGUCAUAGCAUUCGAAUUACUUCUUGGCAAACGUCCAUAUAAUGGAAGAAACCGAUAAGAAAUUAGAGAAUAAAUAUUAGCUAAACAAGUUUAAAUGAGAGAUGAGAAAUGCUCAGCCAAAGUUUAAGACUUUAUAAACAGAGUAAGUAUUACCCUCAAAUUGUAGUUAUUGAUACGCAAACCUUAAUAAAGAUUAGGCGCUUAGGGAAUACAUGAGUUGUUUGAUCAUCCUUGGCUAAACAAUUACAAUUGGGGCAAAUUGUUAAACAAAGAGAUCCAAGCACCUUAUAUACCUGGAGUAUACAUAUAAUGAUGGUUUAGAGCAUAGAUGGCAAUUUUGAUUACCAAAGCCAGAUAUCUGCUGAUUCAGAACCUUAGGAGGAAGCCUCAACCUUGCUAAGAAGAAAGAGUGUUUAAUGUUUAUUUGAAGGAUAUAAAUAUUUUUGA